UUAAAAUAAAUAAGACCCUAAAGGUUGGAUGGGGUGGGGUCAUUAUUGGACGUGGUAGUAUCAAAAUCAUAAAAUCUUUCCAUGUUUAGUUGUCACAAAAUCAAAAAGUAAAACUUCCUGGUCCCAAGAGCCACUGUCCAAUGGAAAGCUUGAGAGAAAGCUCAUCAUGUCCGGUGCCAGCUACGCGCGAAAGCUUGAAGUAUUCACAAUCGGGAAACAGGCGGGAGAGACGAGGCAAACAUACAAGUAUUUGCUAACCGAACAAUAGCUCAUUUUACGUGUUGUUAAAAGUAUAGCUAAUGUUAAAUAGCUAAACUAUUUAUGAUUUUAAACUCGUGCACCAGUUUGGUUUGAUGAAGUUACUGGGCGACUAGAUAUCACGACAAGGAUAGGUGGACCAAAAUGAGCCUACUAGCCCUUCAACAGCCCCCAGUGGUGCUGCCAGUGGAGUCCCUGCCAGCUGAAAGCGAUGCUGACAGCGGGAUGGGCUCACCGAUGGAAGGGGAGACCACUGAGAAGCCACCCCCACCAGAGAAACAAGCAGACUCUGACGAUGAUGAGGACAUCGCAGUGGCCAGGAAGCCUCGCUCUCGGAAGGCGCUGAGGGACAGCGAUGGCGAAGGCGCCGAGGAGGCAGGUGGGAUGGAGGGCGGGCUCGUUCUCUCUGCGUCCAGCGAAGGGGAGGCAGAGGAGGCGGCCGAGGAGAAGGCUAAGGUGAAGAAGGCAACCAGAACGAAGAAAAGGAUCGCCCGUGUCUCCAGGGACAGCGAAGAUAGCGAGAAGGAAAACAGCAAGGAGGAGGACGGAGAGCGAGACGGUGGAAGGAGGAGGGAGAAGUCCAAGCGCCGUAAGGAGAGAGAGCGGAAAAAGGAGACUGGGAAGAAGCAGCAGAAAGAGGCGAAUGAAGAGAUCCUGGCCCCUGAAGGUAUCAAUGAUAGUGGCUGUCUCCUUGGAAACACAGACCUGUUUGAUGCAGAGCAGGGGGAAGAUGAGGAGGAGGAAGAGUCUGUAGAGGCAAUUAGAGCCGCUGUCAAACAGAAGGCUAAAAAACACAAGCCUCACCUUGAAGAGGAGCAUACAGAGAAGCCCCAGCGUGUGGAGAGGAAGGCAGCACGUGCCAGUAAGGAGUAUAUCAAGCAGCUCCACAGCGAGACCCAGAGGCUCGUUAGAGAGUCCAGUAUUGGGCUGCCCUACCACCUACCCGAGCCCAAGAGCAUCCAUGAGUUCUUCAAAAAGAGAGCCAGACCUCAAGGGCCUGCUAUGUCUCUUCUGAAGUCCGCCCAGUACCAGGCUGUUAUCCUGGAGGCCACUGCCGCCUCCACCAAGCAGAGCCAGUCUACGGAGCCCCAGCAGGCUGAAGAGGCCCCUGCAGCUGCCUCUGACCUCCAGGUGCCCACAGACGCCCCAUCGGUCCAGCAGCAGGAGGAGCCCACCGCCCGGCCAGACACCAGUGAGGCCACACCAGCUGCCCUGUCGUACGUUUUGAUGGAGGACGCGCCCUCCCUCCCAGACGUGCCCGCGGUCCCAACCGUCCCCGAGGUGCCUGGGGCAGAACCCAAGGAAGCGUCCUCUGCUUUAGCCCCUCCUGCAGAAGCUCCGGCUCCGGCCAUCAAAACCCGCAAGGACAAACUGACCCGGCUCCGAGAGCUGGGACUGGACCCGCCACCUGUGGCCAAACUCCGGUCCUCUGAUGACGCUUUUGUGGAGCUGGAGGCCCCACAGGUGAACCCAGCUCUGGAGGCCCUGAAGGACCGGUUCCUGCGUCACGUCCAGCCCGUGGUCCGUCCCAAGGGGGAGCGCUCGGUGCAGCUCAGUGUGAUCAGGAAGGACAGCACCGCCUCUGGCCAGGAGGAGCUGCGCACCGAUGCCCUCACUGUCACCCUCACAGAGGAGGAGAAGCUGCCCGCAUCCAAACCAGGUGAGUGUCUGGUCCUGCUCAAGUCUCGUCUCCAGAAGGCCAUGGCGGUGCGGCGGCAGGAGGAGAGACAGAAGCGCGCCGCUCUUUAUCGCCUCGACAACGAGGACUGUGGAGAGGAGGAGGAAGAAGAGGAGGACUUGACUGAGUCUGAGGAUGAAGAGGGUGUGGACGAGCUACUCGGUGGAGGUGAUGACCAGCAGGAUGAAGACGAGGCUGAUGAAGAUGAUGAGGAAGAGGUGGCUGCCGAUAGCAACAUGACAGUGAUGAGGAGCCCCUCCCCGCCUCAUGACAACGAUGUAACUCUUAUGCUAUUUGCUGGAAGCUCCUGCUCACGCACCAGUGACGGAGUGAAGAGGAUGGGAGCCGGUCAGGACAGCGAUAAUAAACUGGAGGAGGACGACUCUCUGUCUUUGGUGAAGGACAGCAGCCACAACAGCAGCUUUGAGCUCAUGGGCUCCAUGAUCCCGUCCUACCAGCCCGUCAACCGGACAGCAGGACGGGGCGUGGCCUCCAGCGUCUUCCGCUCCCCCUCCCCCUGCCUCUUCAGACCCAGCUUUCUGGGCUCGGCCUCCAAGAGCUCUGGUAAGGGCUCUGAUCCAUCUAUGUUGCUGCCCCUGCCGGUGGAGGACUCCCAGGACCUCUACGCGCCCCCCUCCCCCUCCGAGGCCCCCCUGGGCGGCUUCUCCCUGGACGAGGACACGCCCACCCACACGCAGCUGGAGGAGCCGCAGUCGCAGCUGCUGACGGCCGACGGCUUCCUCAACGUGCGCCGCCCCGGCGCGCCCCCCACCUCAUCCUCGUCGUCACGGCAACGGCUGAUCCUGGAGAGCCUGGACGAGAACGCCAUGGACGCCAACAUGGACGAGCUGCUGGGACUGUGCUCGGGGGGCUUCGCCACGCAGAACGCGGGCGGAUCAUCGCUGGCACACACCCCGACGGGCACGCUGGAGCACACGGCCAGCCCCCUGCCCAUGCCCAUCCCACCAAGCCUGCCGGACAUGCAGGCCAGCUUGGACACCGACAUGGACCAGCUGCUUGAGCUCUGCUCUGGAAAGUUCACCAGCCCCAGUGCUACUCCGCUGACGUGUGCGUCCAGCCCCGCUUCUCACAUAAAAACUACAAAAGCAAGCAGGGAGGAAACUGGGUGUGAGGAUGAGGAGCCAGAGGAAGAUGAUUGUGAGUUCAAGCUUCUGUCAGAUGUGGAAAGUCUCAGUGGCCAGGAUGAUGAAUCGGGUGAAGAUGAUGAUGAUGAUGGAGACAAGGAUGAAGAUGAACAGCAAGGUGAUGAUGAAGACGAGGAUGAGGCAGAGGAGGAGAAGCAGGCAGUGUUCGGCCGACCAAAAGGAAAGAGGAAACUGAGGCUGACUGAGUUUGUGGACUCGGAGGCCGAGCUGUCGGGCAGCGAUUUGGGCAGUGAUGAUGAAGAGGGUGGCGGAGACAGUGAAUAUGAGGAAGAUGAGUUACAGGAGGACCUGCCAUCUGAUGAGGAGCUGCAGGACCAAGUCAACAAGAUCCACAUGAAGCAGGUGCUUGACGAUGAUAAGCGUCAGCUACGUCUGUAUCAAGAACGUUACCUUGCCGACGGGGAUUUGCACUCAGACGGACCAGGGCGAAUGAGACGCUUCCGCUGGAAAAACAUGGAGAAUGGCUUUGAUUUUGCGGGCCCUGGAGGUGAGGGUGAGGAUGAGGAGGAAGAUGAAGAGCUGGACCAGACUGAAAUGCAGAGGAGGAAAGAACGUCUGGAAAGGGAGCAAUGGCUAAGGGAGCAGUCUGAGGCUCAGUCAAAGAAGAGUAAAGGUGAAGCGGUGGUGGUGGAGGAGGAGGAUGACGAGUGCUUUGGUGAGGAAGAGAACAGUCAGUUCAUGAAACUGGCCAAGAAGGUGAUGGCAAAGACCCUGCAAAAGAAAGAGGCUCCUGUUGCUCCUGUCCAAGAAAAGAAAGCUGCAUCUGACCCAUUCCGGAGACCUGCUCCAGCAGCAGUGGUCAAGAGGGGGUCACUGCUGAGCCAGCCAAAAACCAUGCUGCAGAAGCUUGCCUCCAUCUCUGACGGCAACCCCAUUGGCCCACGCAACACUCGUGGCUUCCUGUUCCAGACGCUCUCCCCGGAGAAGAACUCCACCUCUUCAGACCACCCCAAACAGGUAAAGAAGAGGUUGAGCUCCGAUUCGCCUGCACCCGUAGCUAAGCGACCACGACAAGAGAAAAAGGCAGCAGCCCCUGGACCUCCAAGAAGCAUCUUCAGCUACCUGGAGAACUAACACACACGCACACGCUUAUGUGACCUUGGCCCUCACCCUGGUGAGACUAUGGCACAUAAUGGCAAUUUCAACUGUUUGCAGUUGUAUCAUGUAAAUAUUGUUUUUUUUUUUUUUUUUUUUUUGGUGGUUUUAAAUGUAAGUGUUUUACUUUUAAUGUAUUUUAGUGUGCUGUAAAUAAAGGAUAUUUUA